AUGGCUGAGGAGCUGAGUAGGCCGUCGUCCUUGGACUUUGCUUCCGUCUGGACCCGCGAGCAAAUUGUCACCUAUGUCAGGUACAUUCAUUUUGCUUCACCUGUGAUUAUUCGCCCUCAAGAGAGAAAAAAAAAACUUGGUGCUAACUUUUUCGGUUUUUGAUCUAAUUUCCUCACCAAUGAAGAAAUUUUCAAAAUUCUGGAAAACCCCUCCGAUAAACGUAACAACGAAUGCUGGCUUUUUCAAAAUAUCAGCUCGCGAUUAAAUAGAAAAACUCAAGAAGUGACCUUCAUGUUAUUGACAGUCCUGCUGUUUCAGUAGGAAGAAUAGAAAAAAAAAUUAGAUUAUUAUACCCAUAACUUUGAAAUUUUUCGAUAAGUUCUCUAAGAGACGAAUAGGUGAAUAUCCUGUUCAGUUCAAAGAAUCUCAUCUAGUGCUUUGAAGGGUUAGUUUUAGUUCAAUUUCUAAUAAUUCUAUUUGAAAGCCUUAUGAAUACACAUCAGUUCAGCUCUUCCGGUUUGACACACUGUUGGUUUAAAUUGUGCACAUCGCGGUUUUUGGCCGAUAUCUUUAUUAAUAAGGAGUAUUUUGUACGAAAAAGUAGGCAAAUUUGGAGAAAAACAAAAUUAGAACAUUUAGAGAUUCGAAUUCAGUUUCACCGAUCAAUUUUUUACAAACGCCAGCAAGUCUUAAAUAAUGGCCUAACUUCAAAAAUCCGUCUUUAGUAAGUGAAAAAAUCGUAUUUUCUGUAAUUUUUUUUAUGUAUCAAUGUCAAAAUAGCCUUGCUGAUUUUAUUAACUAAGAAAAAAUUAUCGAAAAUUAUCAGUAUGGUCAGCGGAGUGAAAACCGGGCGGGUCCUUGGAGGUCUGAACUGAUGUGAAUAACUAAUUAUUUUGAGAAUUCAUAUAGUCUGUUUAGAUUUUGAAUGUCAAGUAGCUAACCCCCAAGGCUACAAUAUCUCUCGCGUCAAAGUUUAAUCUCCAGAUCUCCAGGUGACGAUGAACCUUUAAUAUGGUUGCAUUUUUUGACUUUUUUUUCUAUCUUAUUGAACAAAAAAUAUCAAAAAUAAUCCCCAUCGAAGGUACUGUGCCAGAAGGGGCGGAGUUAGCUGGUUGACAUUUCAAAUGUGAACAGACUAUAAAAAAAAAUUUUAUCGCAUGUCUCAGUUCAUCGUCCUUUCAAAAUCUUGAGUUUGUGAUUUGACGUUUUUUUUGAACCAAAACUAUUUUUAGUUUCGCGUACGUGGUGAUCUCGAUUCUGAUGGUUCUACUGUGGUCCAUGUACCUGUGUCUGGACGGACGUCGUUCCCCGAAACGCGACACCCGCGUCAUUCACAUGCUGGCCGAGACAACCUUCUUCAGAGCUGCGCCAUGA